AACUCUCGGAACGGACGACUCUUACGAUGUUCUAUUUGCAAGUCGAUUGGAAUUCCUUGGUUCGAUUGCCAGUACGGCGCGGUAAUUGAUAGCGGGUAGAUUGUUUGUUGUACUUCUUGUUGUUAUCGAUCAAUCAGUUCUGGUGGCUUAUUUAUCUGGUUCUGUGAAUUGUGUCAAGAAGACAAAAGUGAGACACGAGAAAAAAAUGUCAUUACCGAUCUUGAGGUGAAGGCAUUGAAAUCUUAAAAAGGGCCUUUUAGGGGGAAUAUGACCUGAGAAGAGUGUGCAGCAGUCAACAAAUAAUUAGCAAUGUCCGUCCUGUCGAUGUCCCCGUGGAAGCUAGCCUUAGUGAUAUUCCUGUUGGCAGCCAGCUGUACUCAAGCCAACAUAAGGUCAGCACCGAAGGCCAAGUCUUCUCAGAAAUCGCUUAUCCGACACACCCGUGCACUUGGCUUCUUCCAGAAGAUUGCCGAAAUCGGCAAACUGAUCUACCAGCAGUACAACGACACCACCUGGACGCUGCAGGGGGUCUACGAUGUUGCGCGGAACGAGUUCUCCGAUACCUUCACCACCACGACGCCAAAUCCCCUUCUGCCAACGACGACCCCUGACCCAGCAACUAGUACAACGGAAAAGUAUCGAAUCUCCCGAGCCGAAUUGGGUCGCAUCCUGAAUCGUAACUACCGAGGACUGCAAAAAUUGUUCCGACUGGAAUGGAAUGAAGCAUGGAAUCAAACCAAAUACAACGUAGCUUUCUACAAACAGGAGCUGAACAACGCGAUCAAACCUCGGAAAAAUGCCACCACGGUCAAGCCAUGAUCGCUGGCAACGCAAAACUACCUGAAUGCAAUGUUCCAAUUUCUUAUUUAAGGGGAUCUCUCUGUGAUAGUAUUGACUACUGUGUUUUUUUUUCAACAAACAUGUACUGGGUACCUCUAGUUUGUAAGGUUUGAGAAAAUGAUUAUGUGUGAAUGUACAUAAGCCAAUAAGAAAACAAAUCAACUGCAGUUCACGAUGGGUCUUAUUGCGACAAUCGAUGGAACUAACGCAAACAAUCAACGUUAGUUCUCUCGAUGGGCCCAUCGCCUAAUUAAGUACCGACUAAGCGCGAAGCCAGCUGUGUGACCGCGACUAGCAAUUUCUAGCAGUGCCAAUAAAUCUAAUAAACAUACUCAA